ACUUUCAAUAGUAUAGUUCAUAAUUUCAUGUUAUUAUUACAGUCUUUGAGUUCUUAUUGAAUAUAUUGUCAGUUAUCUUUUUAUUGCAAUUAUUCUUUAAUAUUUUUUUAAAUAUAUCUAUUAAAUUUAUAUUAUAUUGUGAAAUGUUAUACAACGGGAAAAGUCUACGAAUAUUAGACAAGCAUGAUGUUUCUGGAUUUAGCAACACUUCUAUUUUCCAUAGCAUGCAACAAUUUAUUCAAACAGUACACGAAAUGGAAGAUACAAUUUUAAUUCCCAGGCGGCUUCUAGAUUUAACUGUAAACGAUUUACAAGAUACAAUUUAUUUGGAAGAUAAAUAUAAUUCUAUCGUUAAAGCAAUUUGGCCUAAUACAGAUUUGUAUCAUCUUUAUAAUAUUAUUAAUCAAAUGAAAGUCGAAAUGUUAUGGUCACAUGAUCACAUGAAUAAUUGUCAUGAAUCAGAAAAAGAUUCCGCUUUAAUACAAAGAUUUAAACAUAUUAAAAAUUUAAGUAACACAUCAAUGUAUAGUAUAAAAAAUACUGGUACUUCCUCUAAUUCAGAAUCAGAUGUAAUCAUUAAAAAUUAUUCUGAAAUGUUAAAUGAAGAUAGUGCUAAUACUAUUAUACCAUCUAUUAAAAAACAUUUACAUGGAUUACAUUUUAAUAUUCAGAAAAUGACAUUAGCUGCUGAAUAUUUAAUAUUAACAUAUCAAAGAAUAAUCGAUCAUCAAACAUAAUUUUUUAAAUAAUUA